UCUGAUAAUCGGAAGUUGAAGCAGGAUGAGAACGACCAAUUAUGAAAAUUUUGAGGAGUUGUUGUCGAAUAAAGUGAACCGUCUGGCGGAGUUCACAUUCAAUGGGAAAUGGAAUGAGGUUGAGAAGAUGUACAAUGUAGACCCAGCGUGUCACACGGCAACGAUUGACGAUUUCGUCGGCACUGCACUGCACGUAGCGGUGGAUUUGGACGAAGAAGUUGUGGUUGAGAAGCUUGUGAAUGCCAUUAUGAGAUACGAGACGAAGGAGGCACUGCAAAUGAGGAAUGUUCGAGGGGAUACCGCUCUGCAUGUUGCUGCUUCCAGGGGUUUCACGAAGAUAUGUCAGAUCAUCGUAGGAGAGAAUCGGGAGAGGAUUUACUUAGUGAAUCGCAAGAACAAUGAUGGAGAGACUCCUCUCUUUCAAGCCGCUCUCAACUGGAAGAAACAGGCCUUUGCUUAUCUUUCUGACCUUUACGGCCACAGCGCUCCCUUGCAAGAUCUUGUGCGAUACAACGGUGACAGUAUUCUUCAUUGUGCUAUCAGGAAUGAAUAUUUCGAUUUGGCAGUCAUAAUAUUGCAUUAUUAUGAUUUCCUUGGCGUAUGUAUGAAUAAAGAUGGAGAGCUUCCCCUCAAAGUCCUUGCCACUAAGCCUUCCGCCUUCUACAGUUCAACCUAUCUUUCAUUGUUGAGGCGAGUCCAGUACCUACGUGUACACGUGGAACCCUUUGAGCCUGAAAGGGAAAUGCGAGCGAUUUUAAGAGAGAUGAAACCUCAGAAGCUUCUGAAUGAAAAUUGUCCACGGAACUACGCCGUCUUGACUUCAGCCUUUACUGGUUUAUUCGGUUUCUUCGGUUUAUCCGGAAAACUGCUUUUGAAUAGUGAAAGACGUGACCCAGAAAAGAACCCGAUAGACUUAAUACCGAUUAGCCAUGUUGAGGAAAGGCGUUUCCCCCCAAACUAUAAAACUAUUCUUCAGUUUGUCCAAUAUGUAUAUGCUCUUAUUUCAGCAGCUAUUGGAGGGAUAAAUGAACUAAAAGAGACAAAAAAGAAGCACCAAUUGGGUCCAAGACUCUUGAAGCAACUAUUGGAAAGACCUUAUGAAGCAACCACGGGAGGAGGGGGUGUACCCUCUUUUAUUGAUACAGAUAUGUAUAAUGUUUAUAGCCAGUCGAUGCGAGCUUAUGAAGCAACCACGGUAGGAGGGGGUGUACCCUCUUUUAUUGAUACAGAUAUGUAUUAUGUUUAUAUCCAGUCGAUGCAAGCGGGAGAAACCAGUCAAUCGAGGUGGUUGGAAGAAGAGGAAGAAGAGGAAGACAAGGAUUGCGAAGACGAUAAAAGGCAAAAGAAAGGAGUAAACAAAACAAAGGCUAAGAUGAUUGACAAAAAGGAAACGCCAUUUUUGGAAGCAGCAAGGAAUGGCAUAAUUGAAAUGGUGAAGGAAAUGUUUCAGCGACGUCCAAGUGUCGUGCAUGAAACUAACUCGCAGGGAGAGAAUGUAUUACUGGUUGCUGCGAAGAAUAGGAAACCCGCUGUAAUUGAAAGUCUGAAAGAGAUCUUGAAGUGUGAAGUUUGGAGAACUUUAUGUAUGGCAAUAAAUAAGGAUGGGAAGACCGUGUUACACAUGGCAGGAGAGGUUCUAGCAGAUGAUAUGCAUUCCAAAGUUUCUUAUUCUGCCUUAGAGAUGGUGUGGGACGCAAAAUGGUUUCAGUAUGUCGCAAGCCUUGUACCACGACACUAUUACCUUUUGCGUGAUAAAGACCAGAAAAUCCCGUGGGAAAUCUUCAAGAAAACACAUGAUAAUCUUAGGAAGGAGAGUGGGGAGUGGCUGAAGGAGACAUCUGAAUCUUGCUCUGUAGUGACUGCGCUUGUUGCUGCUGCUUCCUUUGCAACCGCCACCACUGUUCCUGGUGGCAUAGAUGACCAUGGUAUGCCUCAUUUUGAAGGCAAGCCUGCAUUCGAUGCAUUUGUUUUUUCUUCGCUAUUUGGACUUUGUUUCUCAGUCUCCGGACUCAUAAUGUUCCUUACCGUCAUCACUUCACGAAAGCUACCCAGAGAAUACCGCAAAUCAUUGCCACUCAAACUUGCUUUCGGCUUAAGUUUUCUUUUCUUAUCCAUUAUUGCAUUGCUUGCUUCUUUCUGCAUUGGCCAUUCUUUUCUGUUCAAUCACAAAUACAAGAAGGUCAUAUUCCCAAUUUAUGUUGCUACUUGUUUUCCUGUUAUUUUCUUUGCCCUGGAUCAGGUGCAACUCUACGUUGACCUUCUGGCAGCCAUUUUUUCUACGGUGCCAAAUGCAACUGAUGAUGACGGACAAAAUUAUUAGAACAUUCUACCAUAUCAGUGUCGUGUUGGAGUCAUAUCUUAUCAUAUCAUUAUAGCUUUGGCAAAUACUUUUUAUUCUCGCUUUUCAUCAUGCAACUUUCAUCUUUAAGCAUAGAGUGUGGUGUGUGUGCAUUUUGUUGGGAACAAGGGCAAUAAAGGAGAGAAGAGAGAUUUAAACAAUACUAAGAAGUAUUUGUUUUGGUGCAUUUGUAAACUUUACAUAAGCUUUCUUAUAUAGUAAAGUGAAGAACACCAU